ACUUAGGAAGCCAAGGCAUCUAGGAAGUGUGAGGGUUGAGUUUCGGCUGAGUUUGCGUGAAUGCUAAUAGGGAUGAUGGGACGGUGAGGGUGUAAGUGAUGUGCCGGCUGUUACACUGAACUUUGGCUGUAAAGUUCACUUCUUGUUACAUUAUCAUGGGAGCCUGAAGAAGGAUGGAGCAGAGGGACACAUUGUUACACCUGUUCGCCGGAGGGUGUGGAGGCACAGUUGGUGCCAUUGUUACCUGCCCACUUGAGGUGAUUAAGACAAGGCUGCAGUCUUCAGGUGUGUCAUUUCGUGCCUUCUAUGUGCCUCAAGUGCAUCUUGGCACUAUCAAUGGUGGAAGUGUGGUCAGGCCAACAGCAGUGUCUCCAGGACUCCUCCAGGUUUUAAAGUCCAUCUUGGAAAAGGAAGGUCCAAGGUCGCUGUUUAGAGGACUGGGUCCAAACCUGGUUGGAGUUGCUCCAUCAAGGGCUAUUUACUUUGCAUUUUAUUCCAAAGCAAAGGAGCUAUUCAACGACACAUUUGUACCAAACAGUUAUCCUGUUCAUAUGUGUUCUGCAGGGUUUGCAGCCUUUAUCACCAACUCUCUGAUGAACCCUAUCUGGAUGGUCAAAACCCGAAUGCAGUUGGAAAAAAGUGCAAGAGGUACAAAACAAAUGAAUGCGAUCCAGUGUGCUAAACAUGUAUACAAGACAGAAGGCAUCCGAGGAUUUUAUAGAGGUCUAACAGCCUCGUAUGCUGGAAUUUCUGAAACUAUGAUCUGCUUUGUUAUUUAUGAGACUCUGAAGAAGCACCUAGCUGGUCUGAGGUUGUCUUCAUCUUCUGGUCCUGUGCACGAAAAAGCUACUACUGACUUUAUAGCACUGAUGUUCGCUGCUGCAAUUUCAAAGGGCUGUGCUUCCUGUAUUGCAUAUCCACAUGAGGUUAUAAGGACAAGACUAAGAGAAGAAGGAAGCAAGUACAGAUAUUUUUUCCAAACGGCACGUUUAGUGGCUAAAGAAGAAGGUUAUCUUGCUUUCUACAGAGGGCUGCUACCUCAACUUAUCCGUCAGAUUCCAAAUACAGCAAUUGUGUUGUCUACAUAUGAGGUCAUUGUUUAUCUGCUUGGUAGUCGUUCCAAAUAAAGGACUGUGGAACGGACAAGU